AUGGCAGCUAUUUCGGUCGUAAGUCGGGGCUCCGACACUCUGGAUGCCUGGACCCGGCGCUCAAAUCCCAAAAUCAGCAUCGAACUUGCGGGCCAGCAAAAAGGUCUUGUGAACUCCUAUACAACUGGCGAUCAGAUUGAAGGCGUCGCCAACAUCACGGUGGAUCAAGACACUCGCUUUGACGAGGUGGAAAUCGUGUUGCAAGGGACAUCGCAUACGACUGUCGAGCGUGCCGCAUGCCCUGGCCGCACAGGGUCGCAACAGAUGUUUCUCAAGCUGCGCCAGCCAAUCGAAGACAGUGAAUACCCGACACCACGAGUUCUCGAAUCAGGUCGGACUUAUUCCUUUCCAUUCACCUUUGUCAUUCCAGAUCGCCUGCUGCCACAGGUUUGCACCCACUCGCGAGCAAACGCUCAUGUUCAUCGUGCGCACACCAUGCUCCCCCCAACCUUGGGAGAUCCAAUGCUCGCAGGUAACGGGAAAGCUUUGUUGGAUGAUAUGGCUCCCGACAUGAGCCAAAUAUCCUAUAUCGUCCGGGUCAACCUGCUCAAACGCUCUUCGACAGAUCACCGCAACCUUAAGUCUCUGGCCAACCUGGCCAAAAAGAUUCGCAUUAUUCCGGUCAUGGAGGAGGAGCCUCCUAUCAAUGUCACCGAACAUCCUUUCUACUGCAUACGAAAGGAGAAGACCGUUCCCCAAACCUAUCCGUUUGCUCCCCCCACCUGCGAGGCGAGUGAUACUGUCAGCAGUGUCGCGACUGUGAAUCUUCGAUUUGACCCAGUCGGUAACGAAGAGCCUCCACGGCUUGGCUCAAUGACUAGCAAGCUCAAGGCUAGCACUUUCUACAGUGCUGGUCCUUGGGAGGAUUUCCCUUCCCAGUCAGGGAACGUGCCACUCUCACAAGUUGGCCAGGGCCUAUUCACCGACUCCAUCCCACUGUCUUCGAUGUGUGUAGCUUCCGCUCAGUGGAGGAAACACACUGCAUCUGACUCUGAUCGUCGGGACUCUCUCCAAUCCACCUCCUCUGAGGACUCAACCGAUCCAUCCGCCACAUUUUCGGGCGACAUCUAUUACACUGCCUCCGUCGUCAUUCCCAUUCCACUCCCCUCCCAUAAAACAUUCGUUCCCACCUUCCACUCCUGCCUGAUGUCUCGCACCUACUCGCUGGAUCUCUCGUUGACCUACCAUACCCCGGGUGCGAACGUUCUCACUCCCACCAUCUCCCUCCGCCUCCCCAUCCAAAUCAUCACCCAACCCAAGUAUGCAGAUCCCAUCAAGUCUGAGUUGGGUGUUGUUGUGACACAAGCUGAACUGGACGAGUUUUUCCAGCCACGUUCUGUUACUCCUCUCGUGCAAGAACCAGUCAUUGCUGUGAAUCUAGCACCGCCAGGAUAUUCAGAGACAAUAUCUGCACCUGGUCUCCCACGUGCACGUGCUACCUCAUGA